AUGAGCGGCCAAAUCGUUUCUGACAGCCAUAAUGACGAAAUUGAGUCUUUCAAGCAAAGAUUCAGAGCUUUUUUGGCUCUGAUUCCCAAGAAGCUUGGCUACCGACAAGACAAUGUAAGGAAAAUCAAAUUAAAUGUGUUUAAAGCAUGCUUUUUUGCUUUGACAGGAGAAGGAAAGUAUGCAAGGGAGCUUUUUGAAAAGGUUUCCGAUGAGGAAUUAGAGGCCAUGCGUGACUACAAUUGGGAUCUUACUCAAAUUGAGCCACGGCCAUUUUACAGUCAUGGUGAACUUCGACAAUUUUCGCACGCCAAGGGUCAGGCGUGUGCUCGAAUUCUUCAUGAAAAUGAAUAUCUGUAUAGAUGUGAAGAAUGCUUCUAUGAUGAGUCGUGUGUUCUCUGUGAAUACUGCUUCAAUCCCAGUGACCACAAAGGCCAUGGAGUCAUGAAAUAUAGUUCACAAGGUGGCGGGAUGUGUGACUGUGGUGAUGAUUCAGCAUUUCUUGUGAAACUACAUUGCAAGUGUCUGCAAGACCCUGUCGAGGCCAAAGUUAGUCCGGAGUUCAGAGAACAUAUCUCCCACAUUCUUGAAGUGGCAUUAGAUUUCAUCAUUGACGUCGGAAAUGCAUCCGUGCUGAAAUUGCCUGCAAUCGACCGAUUUCUACAAAAUAAUCCUAGUGUUGAAGCUACGAAGUCUGUACUUUCCCUUUCGACUUUGCCUAGUGAUAAGUAUGGUAAAGGUGAUGAAUUCGAUCCAAAUUCCGAUGAUUGGCUUCUUGUACUUUGGAAUACUGAGUCAUUCCAUCUGGGUGCGGACCUGUCUGCUGUAGCUUCUGCUGCGAAUAUUAAGAUUGAUGUGGCAAGAACGGCUGCUAACGAAGUAGGCACCAAUGGAAGCGCCAUAAUCACGUCUGGUAAAAUGCAAGAGCUAAUCAAAAUCAAAACUGAAUUAGAUAAAGAAGAUUGCAUUACGACAAUCCAUUCUGUUAAAGAUUACCUCCGUGAGAAUGUCGUGUCAUCAUUGCUUACCUGGCUCCAGGAUGUUAGUUGCAAUGACUGGAAUUUUGGAUUCAAGAUUUUAACAAAAAACAUACUUGCACACCACUUACUUCAUAUUCCGGAAGUACAGCCUGAGAAUGCUGUUUUUCAAUUACACGAUACGAUCUCGAGUUCGUCCUUCCACGACGGUAUACCAGACCAUUUACUUUAUCAAGGCGCCCUCAUGGGAUACACCAUCAAGGAGGGCGCGGAGUCUGGUCUUUUCAAUGCAAAAAGUCAUGAUAAUUAUUUCAAGAUGGAAAUAAAACGUGCCUCCUUGACAAGAAUACAACUUCUUCUCACACACGAGCUUAGAUUUCCGAGGUGUAUCAGAAGCAAACUUGACAAGUUGAUUAUUCAGUCUCUCAUGCAUGAUAAUAAUUUCAAAGAUGAGUUUUCUGUGCAAUUUCUUGAUAUUUUCCCGGGUUUGUUGUUUCUUCUGGUACUCGCUGAUAGGGAAGUUGAAGAUUCAUGCAUGCAAUCCAUAUCCAUUCAGGUCUUCAUGUGUCCCCCAACAAAUAACCAAGUAGUCAAUGGGUCACAGUUGCCGAACAUAUUCUGCUCUGUUCUUCACCUUCUUUCCAACUAUAUCACAUACAAGAAUGAAAGCGGUUUCUACAACUUUCCGAUGGAUGAAGCUGCUUCAAGACCAGACGAGCAGACAUACAACACAUUAAAAAUAGGAAAAGAAACUAUUUACCGAAUUUUUUCCAAAAAUGAUGCAGAGAACUUGUUGAAUGUUGUUCUACGUCCAGAAAAUCUCGUUUGCUUCUUGAUGUUCAUCAGUCUUGGUCAGGAGAUGGGGUGUGAGAAAAGGGAGACUGAAGAGCAUGUAGAGCUUGAGCGAGUUAAUGAAUUUCAAACUUUGCUUAAAGCAUGCAUUCCAUUGUUGAACAUGAUUAAGGACACAAGCAAAUCGCUGGAUUUGAGAAUAGAGGAUAUUAAACGUGCAGUUCCAAUCAUUCUAGAUCUCACCCAAAGAAAAGACAAUAUUUACUGGUGUUCCACAAAAGCAGUGACAGAGAAGCCUGCUUCCUUCAUGGAUCCAAUGUGCUAUUUUUUAGGAAUUGUCUUGAGGCAUGCUCAAAUUGAAGAAACGCUUAGUCUUCUUCGUGAAAAGCAAAGUGAGUUCUCGGGAGUUUUUGACUAUUCUUUGCAAAGUAUUGUUUUGGCUGCUCAGGUCAAGAUAGGCAUAUGGGUCAGAAAUGGUAUUAUGUUAUCGUGUUUAGCAUCCACGUAUACCGGGAAGAUCAUGGCUACUGUAGCCUACUACAAUGAUUUUCAUCUCAUGCAGAUAGCGGCUUUAACUAUGAAACCGGAAGAUUUUCUCAGUCGAAUCAUCAAACGUUGGGAGUUGGAUUCGUGGAUUUCUGACGAGGUUUCACAUAAUGAUACUGUUUACAAAGAAAAAUUUGCUUUCGCUUGUGAACAAUUUAUCAUAUUCAUCUAUAACAUUAUGGUCGAAAGAUUUUUCUUCGAUUAUCAUGAUAUGAAAGCCCAGCAAUCAUACCAGAGAACAAAGUCAUUGAUCUACCUUCUUGCUGAGGGUCCACAACCAUUUUCUGCUCUUUGGAAACAUGGUGAGUCACAUGGUAUGACUGUGGACGAGUUCACAAGUGUGCUCAAUCAACAUGCUGAUUACUCUGCCCCUCAAGGCUUGACAGAUUCUGGUGUUUACCGACUCAAGCCCCAACUCUAUGAGACUGUGGACCCAAUCAGCUUGUUUUUGGACUCAGGCUCUUCUCAGUCAACUUUCAUGCUUUUAGUCGAGACAAUUGCAAAAAAUAAGAAAAAGAAAGUCUCGCAAAUUUGCUUGCAACCUCGCAUAAAUCCCUCCAAGUCUGAGUUCGUGAACCGAAAUUUGGGAAAUUUCUUGAGAGUCCGAGAGUUCGCAAAAUUUACUUAUCGACUUUUACAAGUUGGGUUAAAUGAAAAAGAUGAGAGCAUACUCUCGCCUUUGUUACAUCUUCUACAUGCCAUUCUAUUAGAUGAUGAGAAGGUUUUUGGAAAGGAAUACUUCAAUCAAUAUUUCCUUGAGUAUCCAAUUUGCAAUUUGUUACUCUCGAUAGUCGAUGCUCUGGUUUCUCCAAGCAUAGGCUCCAAAGCAGAGCUCAUAUUGGAAAUUUUCAUUGAAAAGGAUGACAAUGUCAUACAGUCCUUAACAUUAUGUUUUGGCGAAAUGCACAUCAAAAAUUUCACUGAGAAGAAAAGAAGUUCCUCAGAAAAGAAAAGAAAAAGAUCCAAAGAUGCGGCAGAGGCUCGUAAGGCAAAAAUUCUUUCCAAAUUUGCGAAGCAGAGGCAAACCUUCAUGAAACAGAACGAAAUCGAAACCGAGCCGAAUCAAUCUGAAGAAGCGAAGUUCAAGGCAAGCUGUGUAGCAUGUGGCGAGCCCGAAUCUGUUGGAAAAAAAUUCGGUGUACCUUUUGCGUUGACAAAUUCCUCCAUUUCGUGGUCACUUCCCCACCCGAACUCACCUUUCUUUGCUUUUGCAUUCGAAGAUUAUUGGAGUGAUGUGAAUAAGAAGAGUCAAGACCCAGCGACGACCGAUAAAUCUACUGGAUCGCCUCAUCUGCAUGAGUGUGGGCAAGAUCUAAGAUCUAUAGACACUGGAGGCACUGAAAACACCGAAGACACCGAAAAUGCCAGUAUGGAAAGUGGAGCUAAAGAGGAAACACUCUUAGAAUUCUUGCAUUUCCCUCAAAAGAACAAGAAGACAGUCGUAUUGCCUUUUACCUGCUCUCAUACAAUCCACGAGGACUGCUGUACAAAUGACAAUCAGUCCCAAAAAUUUGUAUGUCCCUUGUGUGACCAACAGUUUUCUCGGAUCUUGCCGACAUUCUAUUACCUGACAGAGAGUUUUUUGCCUCUGCAGUGGAUUUGCGGUGAUACAAACAAGAGCAAAUAUAGUGAAUUUGUCUCUGAAUUAAGUCUCGCGAAGAACGAUGCGAUGCUCGCAACCGUACUUCACCCUGAUUAUUUCGAACAUGGAAAGCUCAAAGAUCCCGUGUCUGAACCUACCUUUGACCCCUUCCGGAUUCGCAAUCCAGAUGUAUACUCUCUAUUUGAUGAUUUGCGGAGCAUCUCUGACUUAGUGGCAAACCUAAUUCGCUCCCAUGAAAUGGCUUCUCGAGUUGACGGAGUUGACGGUAUGAGUUCAUUCGUCGAGUCAUUCCCAUCGUCAGCUAUAACUCUUGCGAGAUCUUUGAUUCAAAGUCGGGUAUUGCUCUUUGAUGCUAGCGUGAAAAAAUACUCAAAAAUGAAACUCGAGGAAAGUUUGAUGAAACACUACAGUUUCGGACCAGCUUCGAGCACUGUGUUCUGUGACAUUGUGUCAUUGUUCUUCCAGACGAAUGAGUCGCUACAGACGCUUUUUAGAGUUGGAUUUGCCAAAGUGAUUUCGGAUGUCCUUAAAACAUUUUUAAAUGACUACGAUUCUCUCGGAUUGUCUAACUUCCCGAAUAUAAGUGAGGAGCUGAUCGAUAAGUUCUCUGAAUUCGAGGCUCAGCUAUUUCCAGAAUUUACGGGAGAUGGUUUUGCCUUCCAAGAGGAGUCCAAAAGCUUUUACUAUGGUUUGCAGAAGUGCGUUCUUCCUUAUUUGAGGCACUGUGUUCUUUUCAAGCAUAUUUUGACCUGUAAGCAAACUGAGAUUAAUGACUACUGUGCCCUUGAUGACUUUGACUCUAUUCAAGAUUAUGAGGAGGAUUGGCUGAUAUCUGAUUACAUUUCAUGCCUCUGUAGUGCUUUGAAGAUUCCAUCGUUGGAUCAGAUCAUAGAAUGCUGUGCAAUUGACAUGGAAAAGGCACAAAGGACUGAAUUAGAAGGUAAUAUUAUUGUCAGUUUAUCUGAGGAGAAUGUCAAAUCAAGCGAGGAUAUCGAGUAUCCAAACGUUCAAAAGCUCAUUGACUUGCCAUUGACAUAUGCUGAGACACGUGGCAUCGAUCAGUAUGCUUACUGUCUCACCUUUCUUUGCUUACAUUGUGGUGAAUAUCUUUCAGCGGAGCAAAGUCCUAUGCAUCAAAAGAAUUGUGCUUUGAUGAGCAUAUAUUAUGCACUGCGACAGAAUUACUUCUAUUUGUCGUUUAAUGGGUCAAAGAGAUCCUUCGAUAAGCAGUUGCCUGGGCCCUACUUGACGGAACACGGAGAAGUGAAACUGGACACUGUGCCCGGAGUAGCAUUGCUUAGCAAGAUGAGGUAUAAGUACUUGAACAAAAUUUGGCUUAAUAAUGAGUUGUUUGGCUACAUUUCUAGAUCGAAUUAUCAUGACCCGUCAAACCCUCUCGGCCUCAAUAUGUCGGAGUCCGAGGAUGAAGACGAUGGAUUUGAUGAUGAAUCUUUAAUUUGGAGUCAAGGAUUCCGGGGAUAG